CCGGAAGAUGAGCCGAUGUCACUACUCAGGGACACGGGGAACACACUACACUGCCGCACCUCCUCGGUCUGCUGAUGACAACCUUUGGUACUCGUAGAGCCACAAGCCUUCAGCCAAGUUCCUCCUUCGACUCUCAUAAUACACCCUCAUUCCCGAGUAGCUCCCUCGCUCCUGUCCAAUCCCAGAACGAGGUACCACAAAGGCCCACCUUUGCAAGGACUGCGUCCGCCUCUUCCUUUGCCGCCACUAGCGGUCGGCGCCGCGACACCAGCAGGCUUCCUAUCCCAGAGGUGGUCAUAGAAGUCGACGCCUCCAGCCACGAGCUACGCAGACCGAGACCAUUCGGCCGUACGCAGAGUCUGAACACAGCUGGUGGAGCCAUGACGCAACGCAGCGACUCGUUCAAUAUCCGCGAGUGGAUGAACACCUCCUCGCCUCUGACCUCGCUUCCCAGCACCUCCAGUGGUCGGGCGAGUAGCUCACAGGUGAAGAGGGCGCCGACAAAGUCGCCCUCGCCUCCGAAGAAGAAGCGGGAGAGCGCAACUCCUCCUGCGAAGGCUACUUCGAGUAGGCUCAAGAGGGCCAUUUCCGAGGACGUCUUUGAUAGCUCAGAAGAGGACGACAAGGCACUACUGGCUUCUUUUAGCGACUCGGAUGACAGUCUUGCAGAUCUCACCUUGAAGUAUCCGUCUUCAAGAAAGGCUGGGAAAGCGCGAGCAUCCACCAGCCCUGCCCCUCGGAAACCACAGCUGAAUGCAAGGCCAAGUACGUCGCGCAAGACUCUUGAAUCAGACGCUAGCGAGGUAGAACCCUCCGAGGAGGAGGAGGAGGAGGUCAAUACAGAUACCAGUCCCUCAAAAUCCACCAGAGGAUACGGAGUCAAGCACAAGCCCUACGUCUUCAAGCCAAGCCUCCACCAACCAAAUCGGCCUGCCCCACCCACGGCCACUUUUGCACAGAAGGCCGGUAUUGUUCCCCCAUCUGGCAAGACUGGGAAAUUCAGUAUCGACUCUUUGCUCAAGGAGAAGAAGCGGCAAGGCAAAAGGGGAACAGACGCCAAAGGAUUGGGGCUACUGGAUGCGGCUACUGCCAAGUGGGAUGAGCAGCCCGUUCAGCCUAGCGGCGUUGAUAGGGAGGCUAUGAAGAAAUUGAAUGAUGCGUACGUAGCCCGAGCUACAGAAGGACUGGGGGAAGAUGGAGACGAGGCUGCCUCGGAAGACGAAGAGGAUGAGCGAGAAGAGCUCAGUGAAGACUCUGGAGAUGACUACAAUGCGUUACACUUCUUCGAAGACAAUCCUGACGAUGUUGGGACAACCGGAGAAGGAGCGGAUAACAUUGCCCUCAGUGCUCGAAGCGAACAUCUCAUGCUCAGUCUGGCUGCAGAGGAGGGCGAUGAGGAUCAGCAAAAGGCACUUGUGAAGAUCCUGGCACGCGAUCGAGCUGCUACUCGCAAGCGAGGAGGGAAAGGUAGAGCAGAUGGCCAAAAGAAAGACGAGCUUGCCUUUUGGAGACGAGGCAGGGUCAACAAACCUCCUGAAGUUCUGCCUCUACAAGCCCCACAGGGCGUGAUCGAGAAGAGCUUCAACGAGGCUCUGUUCUUAUCUGCAAGUCAUCUAUCUGCCUUCCUGAGAUCCCGAGUCCUGUCGCACUCGCAACCAGGCUCAGUGGAUAUGGUCACCUCUCUGCUGUACCUCAGUAUCCUUCAUGGAAACCUCGACGUCGCCGGUGCCGCUCUCAGCAGUGCGGAAGAUCUGCUGAGAAAGUGGCCUGCAAAAUCAGCGCCAGAACUUGGUGCCGCGAUCCGCUCUCUGCUGAUGAGGGCGCUGUGGCUGAUGGGCGCCGAGGUGGGAGUGAAUGAGCCGAAUGGGUCAGAGGCUAAGUCUUCGCUAGCUGAGUCAACGGUCCUGACUGCCCAACAUCGAGGGAAGCUAGUGUAUCGCUACUUGCGGACUAUCGAGGCGGUAUUCAGUGCUCAGUCUCAUGACAGGGAGUUCUUCGGCGCAUCGGAGCUUGCGUCGAUACUCGGCUACGUCCAUGCGAUGGCGUGUGAUCCUGCCUCUUACGGCCCUGCUACAUUGAGUCAGUUCCAGCAGGUCAUGGAGGCUGGGAUAGAGAAGCUUCAGUGGGCGUCUUUCAAAAGCUGGGCACACCUUCUUGAUGCCAGCAGCAAGAACGGAGUCAAGGCACUAAGCUAUGCGGCUCUCCUCAGGACUCUGCAAGCUUUUCCCAACUCCUCAAGUAAGAGUCGCGUACUGAGACGCAGUCGAGCUCUCUCAGCCCUAUUCGGCAAAGACGAGCCUCCCACACCCAUCUUCCGCGGCCUCAAAACCCUCGCCUCGACUCUCUCGAGCGACGAUCCCGCCCGGAACCCCUUCUACAUCUACCCACCUUCUUCGGCGAUACAGACCAACUACGCCGAGCUUAAUGCAAAGGUGGAGCUGCUCGCCAUCGCGUUCAGCGAUCUGGCUUUGCAGCUGUGUGAGCCAGGGUCUGUAGCCUCAGCAGCUAGUAUAGAGACGAGUGCCUCGGCUCCAGGUGAAGCAGAAGCAGACGUAUCGAUGGAGGAAGCGAAGAGUCGCCCGCAUGUGAUGAUCAAGCAAGAUAGCGAGCAGUCAGUCAAUGACCUUCUUGCCAGCAAGUCCGCAGACUAUGGCACUGCAUCUGCCAUCACUGCGACUGCGCCUCCCACUGCUACACCAGCCACGAGCAAAUUGUCAUCCUCGUCCGGCCCCACACUCAAGCCGAACCGAGCCUUCCGUCUCGCCCUCCAGCCCUACAAGAGCGACCAGAAUCUGCUGCGACUCUUCAGUCUCACCCCUUCCUCUUUCUCUUCCAACGGUGCGACUCAGGAAGACCUACUCUCGGCCCCCUCUUUCAGCCGGCUUCGCGAGUUUCACAAGAUUCUAGCCGCCCUCAGGGGGAUCUACAGUCGUAUCCAUGAAGGCAGAGGAAGGCUGGAGGGCGCUUCUGCCACAGGUGGCACCUCUACCGGCGGGCCUAGCGCUGCUGCGGACGGUGCGAAGUCGGAAGCUGGAGCAGAGGAAGGAGGGUCAACGCCGUCGACGACGCUGGAUAAAACGCGCUGCAAAGAUGCAAUCCAGCGCUUGAUCCUCAGUGUGCACUACCAGUGCGAGGUCUUUACCGGAUUUAGGAUGGGAGGGGAUGCGAUUCUCGAAGAUGAAGAUGAUGAAGAGGAGGAGAAAGAGGAAAGGGAGCGAAAGCGUACCAGAGAGGAUGAAGCUGGAGCUGCACUUCUGGAAGGUGAAGGUCAGUCUGGGCAGACGUCCAUGGCCAAGAAGCAGCGCCUUGGACCGAGAGCGAGCGAUCAGCGCUCCCUUGGUGAGUUCUUCACACCUCCUGGGAAAGCAAAGGUUAUGAAGAGGCAGCAAACUGUGCGCUUUGGUCGGGAUGAGCAGGAGGGCGAGGAAGGGGAGACUAAUGUGGAAGAAGCAAAGGUCGAGGUGGAAGGAAAUGGGAAGAGUGCGGUAGACGAGCAAGCUAUUUAGUAGAGGCGUGGAGGCAGCACUCCUUUGUCUUCCAUUACACAUUCAAAUUGCAUAUGUACAAUACACUUCGUUCCAGCGGCUGAGAAGUCAUAAAUACAAGCUGUAUACAGACGUGGGACAGUACUCCACACUAGCUCGAGCAGAGUGACGAUUACCCGGCACUUGAUGUUCACUGCAUGUCCAGCCCAGCUUCACUCCCAUCAAAGGUCCUACCAGCCAGAACUUCCCUCUCCUCGUCUCUCCUCUGCUCUUCAGAUGCAGAUCCAGACGCAGCUCCGGCUGCAGCUCCUUUGCCCUUCUUCUUCUUCUUCCCCUUGCCUCCUUUCGUCGAAGUCUCCUCUCUAGGCGUCUCCUGCUCCUCCUGCUCCUCCUCUCCACCGCUAAACUCUACCUCUUCUUCCAAC